AGGAACUAAGGAGCGCGACCUCUCGCGCGGGGAACCGCGAAGGAAAGGUGGCGAUCCCAAGCGUGUGGCAACCGGAACCUCUCUCCGCAGCUUCCCGCCUUCAAAAGAGAGACACCUUUGCUUCUUUCCCCCCUUUCCCCCCCUUCCCCUUCCAAGGCCACCUCGCGGCUUCUGAGAUCUCUGCGAUUUGAAGCCAAACGAAACUAAAGGCAAAACGGUUUGGGGUCGGAGGGAGGCGGGGGGCCCUAGGGGCGGAGUGGGAAGCAACCCACCGAAAUGGAGGUAGCUACGGACCAGCCACGCUGGAUGGCCCAUCACGCCGUGCUGAACGGGCAGCACCCGGAGACUCAUCACCCGGGACUGGCUCACAACUACAUGGAACCGGCGCAGCUCCUACCUCCGGACGAAGUGGACGUCUUUUUUAACCACCUGGAUUCCCAGGGCAACCCGUAUUACGCCAACUCGGCCCACGCGAGAGCCAGAGUUUCCUACAGCCAGGCACACGCCCGUCUGACCGGCGGCCAAAUGUGCCGGCCUCACUUGCUCCACAGCCCCGGCCUGCCUUGGCUGGACAGCGGCAAAGCGGCGCUCUCGGCGGCUCACCAUCACAACCCGUGGACGGUGAACCCUUUCACCAAGGGGCCCUUGCACCCUUCGGCGGCCGGCGCGCCGCCCGGCGCCAUCUCGGUCUACCCCGGAGGCAGCAGCGCCGCCUCGAGCGCCGCCUCGGCCUCCUCACUCACGCCGGCCUCGCACUCGGGCUCGCAUCUUUUCGGCUUCCCGCCCACGCCGCCCAAGGAAGUCUCGCCGGACCCCAACGCCGGCAGCAGCGCGGCCUCGCCGGCCUCCGCUUCAGCCGGCGGCGGCAGGCAGGAUGACAAGGAGCCCCUCAAGUACCAGGUGGCCCUGGCCGACGGCAUGAAGAUGGAGAGCGCCAGCCCGCUGCGCAGCAGCCUGGCCGCUUCCAUGGGCGCGCAGCCUUCCACGCACCACCCGAUCCCCACCUACCCUUCCUACGUGCCUGCCGCCCACGACUACGGCGGCAGCCUCUUCCACCCGGGCAGUUUCCUCGGGGGGCCCGCUUCUAGCUUCACCCCAAAGCAGAGGAGUAAAGCCAGGUCCUGCUCAGAAAGAAAUCCGGUUUCUUCGUGUUUCCAUUUAGAAGGCAGAGAGUGUGUCAACUGUGGAGCUACUGCUACGCCUCUCUGGAGAAGAGACGGUACCGGGCAUUACCUGUGUAACGCCUGCGGGCUGUACCACAAAAUGAACGGUCAAAACCGACCUCUCAUUAAACCUAAGCGGAGACUGUCAGCUGCUAGGAGAGCAGGAACCUGUUGCGCUAACUGCCAAACUACCACCACAACUUUAUGGCGACGUAAUGCCAAUGGGGAUCCAGUUUGUAAUGCCUGUGGACUGUAUUACAAAUUGCACAAUGUGAACAGGCCACUGACCAUGAAGAAGGAAGGGAUUCAGACCCGAAAUAGGAAAAUGUCCAACAAAUCCAAGAAGAGCAAGAAAGGCUCUGAAUGUUUUGAGGAACUGUCUAAAUGCAUGCAGGAGAAGUCCUCACCUUUCAGUGCUGCUGCCCUGGCUGGUCACAUGACACCAAUGGGCCACUUGCCACCCUUCAGCCACUCUGGACAUAUCCUCCCAACUCCUACUCCCAUUCACCCAUCUUCCAGCAUCUCAUUUGGGCAUCCACAUCCAUCCAGCAUGGUCACAGCUAUGGGAUAGAGUUUAAUGACUCUUACAGACUUCCAGAACUGGGCUUGGCCUAAGAGGACAGGAAGGAAAGACUUUGCCCAGGAAAGAAAAUAUAAGGAAGAAAGAAAGGAAAAAGUAAAAGGGGAUUUUGUUCCAGUAGAAUUCAACUCCUAGUGCUAAAUGGAAACUUUGCAAUGAUGGGUCUUCUGCAGAAAUGCUUAAUGGUGCCUGUUAUGCACUUUGCUCCCUCAGGUAAAAGGAGAAAGAGGAACUCAUCUGUUUGAUACGAUACCUGCUUGUCCCAGUGGAAAGGAAGGGUGGCCAAAGUAGUGAAAGAAACUAGAGCCAGCUUUCCUCUCUCUUUGUUCAUUACUGUGAAUAUUGUAAAGCGAUUAACCAUCUCCUGAAGCAGAGGAAGUUCAGUAGUAGCCAUCCUUGCUGGAUUUCUACCAUGGAUUGUGUUUUGUGGGGAGGAAAAAUGGACAACUUUAUUAAAAAAAAAAAUCUACUUUUUAAGGAACCAGUCACAUAAAAAAACAAUUAUUUAUUUUGCUCUUGUGCUCCAGAAAGAGCUUCAAAACUCUUGCAUGAAUUUAUGGAUUUUUUGUUUUAUUUUUAUUUUGUUAAAGAAACAUGCAACCUAGUAGAAAACAGUUUUUUUUCCUAAUUAUUAU